UCAGACUCAAAGGAAGAGAAACUCUUGUGCAAUUCAACUGGAUUAAAUAAACUUAUGGAUAUUCUCGCUUAUACAAACAAAUGAUUAAGAUACACUUCUCGUAAUUAAAAAUGGCUGUAAAUUCCGUUCAAACGGGUUUACGAUUACCAUUAACUGGUCUUGCACCGCCUCGAUUGCUUAUGUGCAGUGCAUCGAUGGGAGCAGAAGGAUCAGUUACACUGCAAUUACGCGAAGCAGUUCAAGCACCAAUUUCAGAUUCCACAACCAUAAAUAAUGCAUUGACAAUUGGAUAUCCAGAUCCUGAAAUUUUGGCAGAUGUUCUGGGUACAUUUCAAGCUGCUGGCAGCGAUGCAACCUAUGAUAUUGUUACUAAUGGACGGCAGCAUCAAAGUGCACAAUUUUUCAAAACUGCCAAUAACAUAACGACAAUUAAACAAGAAACAGUCGCAAAAGUUAUUGAAACAUCAAACAUAAUACAAAAGACAUCCACAUCAACACCAACGACAUCCGUUGCAUCGAUUGUAGUUUCUACACAGCAUCAGCCAAUUACUAUGACAACGUUAGCUACCACAGCAACAAUAUCAAACUCAUCAAAUUCCAAUUUACCGCAAGCAAAUUCUUUGUCAACAGCAACUUCAAUACAACCAGUAAAAAAAUCAAGACCAAAAACUGCGUCUCCAACGCGACAUGGUCCUCAGCAAUGUCAGGUGUGCAGUAAAGUUUUUGGAAAUGCAUCAGCCUUAGCAAAGCAUAAAUUGACACAUAGUGAUGAGAGAAAAUAUGUAUGUGGCAUGUGUUCAAAAGCAUUCAAGCGUCAGGAUCAUCUAAAUGGACACAUGUUGACACAUCGCAAUAAGAAACCGUAUGAGUGUAAGGCAGAAGGAUGUGGUAAAUCUUACUGUGAUGCGCGCUCAUUGAGACGACAUACCGAGAAUCAUCAUAGUUCAUUGGUUCUUGCGACAACGACAACGUCAUCUUCACAAAAUCAAUCAAACAGCGUGUCGUCCAAUAAUGCAAGCAGCGGUACAUCAACAAUUACCAAUCCCAGUUUAUCACCCGCAACAGCAAGCGGUGAUGCCAGUUCACCGCAUGGUGCUACCUGUAUUCAAUAUCAGAUGAAUGCUGAUGGAAAUACAAUUACUGCAAUCAAUUCAAAAUCGCCAUCUCCAUCAUCGCCUGCUGGGACGAGUAAUGAAGGAUUAACACGUCAACAGUUGGAUUUGAUUAGUCAAAUUAUGCAACAGACGAAGCAUGCGAACGGACACAAAUCGACAGCACAACGACCGAGAACAUGGAAUAUGCAGCAAAAUCAAGUGAAGACAUCAACAACAACUAUUGAAGCUGCUGUGAAAUCUAAUUCCAAUCAACAGCAAGUAUCAACGUCGUCAACAACAACAACAAAUAGUCAACAUACCACACAAGCACAAAAAAAUGCUAGUGCUAAUGGGGGUGAUCAGAAGCCUGUGGAGUGCAAUUUGUGUCAUAGGAAGUUUAAAAAUAUACCCGCACUAAAUGGACAUAUGAGACUUCAUGGAGGCUACUUCAAAAAAGAUACCGAUUCAAAGAAAUCAGACAAAAAGGAAUCGUCAGGACCACCGCUGCAGACAGCCUCGGUUGGUGUUCGAGCGUUAAUUGAAGAGAAAAUAAUCAACAAGAGAAGCAAAGACUUGAAGGGAGCAUUUGUUGUACCAGCAGCACCAUUGUCCACAACACGACGACUUGCAGAAGCGGAAGCCUUUUUGAAUGCUAAAAAUGUGAGCACAUUAUCAAAUACUAAUAACAAUACAAUCACAAUAGUAGCAUCUGGUCUCACAUCAAAUACACUUAAUGGACUUGCGAAGCAAGCAAUUGUGCAACAAGUCGCUCAACAGACGACGACAAAUGUUGUUCAGAAGGCGACACAAAUAUCGACAUUAUCGGGCGAAAAAGAUGCAACAUUAAUUGAGCUAUUGAAACGUGGAACGACAAAAGUUGCUGUAAAGAGAGCAUCUACAGACUCAAAUGGUAACAAUACCAUGCACACAACAAGAGUUGUGGUACCUGCAACAAUUUCCACAACAGAGUCUGUAUCAGAUUCUUCGCCAGCAUCAUUAGUUUUAUCAUCGAAUGGCUCAUCGAGUCCACUAUCAUUAACAAUAUCUCAAGCACCCAGCACGAGUGGCUCAUCCGGAGACAUUUAUGCACUCACAUAUUCAGCAAAUAGUUCCCCAUCCUUUCUAAGUGACAGUGAUGUUUAUAGCGUUAAUGACACUGCAAUGCUUUUGCAAGCUGUCGACUCAAUACAUUUAUUGCAAGAUAAUUCCACAUCAGAUCAUCUUGAUGAUAUUGCAUCCCUAAGUGAUUAUACAUCAUUAUCAGAUAGCGUAUCGCUCAAUCAAAGUUUCACGCCAUCACGUCAAUUGCAAGCUGUCCUAGAUUCUCCUCUACCCGAUUCACUUGUUGAAUUUGGUACUUUAAAUUCCAAAGAUUAUGUUCUAUAUGGAUGCAGUAGCAGCAAUGAAUCUCCAACAUCAUCAUCACCAUUACCAUCACCUUUAGCAUAUCCAACUCCUCCUGCAAGUCAUGAAGCAAUUGCACAAGCUUCACCAUUCCUUGACGACUCACAUCAUUUCUCUGAUGUCAGUACAUUUUUCCAUGACGAUAAAAAGACAAAUAUGAAAAAUAAUAAUAAUAGUGUAAAUGAUUUUGGACUGUUGGAUGAUAGCAAUGAAUUGUUUCACAAUAUGAAAGAUACAAAAGACAAUAGUAAUCUAACCGAGAGUGAGCGCAUCUUACAACUAAAAAAUGAAUUAUUCAACGAUAGCAAGGCAGUGUUAGAGGAGUUUCGAAAUAAUAACAGUAAUAGUUGCAGUGGAAGUAACAGUAAUAAAAGCAUAUUAGAUAAUAGUUUUCUAAAUAACGAUUCAAAAACAUUCAUCGGUGAUAAUAGUGCCAAAUUACAAGAUUUUAAUCAAAAUUUAGAUUUCUUAGAUGAAGCACAAGCAUUUAAUAUUGUCGAUGAUGAUCGAGUGAAUGCAUCGUCACCAUUAUCUGCUGCAUUUUUCUCAUCUAUGUCAACGGCUGAAGAGGUUAAAGAGGCAUUAGAGGAAGUACUGCCUAAUGAAGAUGACGGUGCUGGAUCAACAUUAGAUUUAUAUUUUCUAUCAGCUGGUCUUUCUUUACAAUCACAAAUGAUGUCGAAUUCCGAUGAUCCACUCCUAUCGUCAGUUCCACGUGAUUUUGGACAUCAUCGUAACCAGCCGCAUCUGAUAUCAUCGUCAAAUUCUUCGUCUCUACAAAAUUCACAAUCACACGAAACACCAAAUUUUGAUAUUGAUCCAUUCUCGCCACCAGAAACUAAGAGAAUUAAAAUUGAAAGUCAUCAUAAUAGUCCAAUAAUUGAAUCCAGUGAUAAUAGUGAUAAGAAUCUUUUAAGUGUACAAACGGAACAAAUUCUAACAAAAGAUAAUAUUGGUUCAGUCUUCCUGAGUCCAAAUAGCAUAUCAUCUUCAUCAUCCGGUUCAUCACCAAAAAUUUUACAAAGUGCUUUGCUCUCUAAUAGAAGAAAAUUUAAUAGUUUUAACGAUAAUAACCUUAGUUGUAAUCUAAACGAGCAGUACGAAGUGGUUGUUAAGAAACACGAGCAAUUUAAAUCAAAGAUGAAAAGAAUAUCUCAAUUGCAUUAUACACCGUCACCAAUUUUAAAUCCAGAACGAUAUGGCAUUGGACUCUAUGCAUCUGUUCCAAUCGAUCGAUUAAAUAAUGAUUUUGAUGAUGAGAUUGAUAUGAUUGAUUUUUUUGAAAAGCCUCGAGUCAAUAUUGGCACGGAUUAUCAAGCAACAUUGCCAUCGGAAAUAAUUUAUAACAAUAAUAGUUUUAAUAAUAACAAUAGCGUUAAGUCUGAGGAUAAGAAAACAUAUGAGACAUUACUAUGGAAACCGAAUGUUCUCGAAGAUGAUCGUCAAUUAGACCGUUACAUCGAUUUAACAAAAUCGUCAGCUAUACCCACCCAUUCAAUUGAGUCUGCCUUAAAGAUACUUAUGGAAUCACAAGGUGAAGUACAUGUGGCUGUUCUGAAAUUACUACAAAGCAGUGACAAAAGUCUAGAGAAACGUUGGUCGCAAACUGAAAUGGAGCAAUUCCUAAAGGGAUUAGAAAUGUAUGGCAAAGAUUUUACAAGCAUUGCACGAGGCAUCUUUAACAAGACAACUGGUGAUUGUGUUCAAUUAUAUUAUUUUUGGAAGAAAUUGUGCAAUGAAUAUAAAUCGACGCAUCUACCACAGCAACAGUACCAGCAAAUACAACAACAUUAUUUACAACAGUGUCAUCAGCACCAUCAGUAUCAUCAUCAACAACAGUCAUCUCGUGAUUGCAAUAUGAUAGGCAAUGAUAAUAAACAUAACAAUAACAGCGACGAUUUUUUUGAUUAUGUUGAAAAUAUUAACGAUAACAAUAAUUUGAGUAAUUCAACGAUCCAAAACGGAAAUGGAAUUGGUCAUAAUAAUAACAAUAAUAUUAAUUCUACUGUCGCUGGCCACAAUAAUGAAUUGCGACCGCAUGUGUGCGAAGUACCGGAUUGUUCAGCCAGCUUUUCAUCUCGCGUUGCAUUGCAUGGACACACACGAAUUCACUGCAUUGGACGAAGCAUGAACCAGUUGAAUAAUGGUAAUUUAAUAAACAAUAGUAAUCAAGCGGGAACAAGCUUAAAGGAUGAAUUUUCCUUCCCCUGCAAGGUGUGCGGCAAAGUAUUUAAUAAAGUCAAAAGUCGAAGCGCUCACAUGAAAUCACAUCGGCCUCAAGAAACUGAAAACCAGCAAUGUUAAUUUAUAAUUUCUUGAUAUUUUCGAAUACAACAUCAACAAAAAAGGAAUCUUAAGAGUGAAAAAAUUUUAAAAUUAAUAAGAAAAACUUUCUGAUGAUGAAGAAAAUGAAAACAAAAAAUAAAAAUUAUGUCAACUGAAGACAAUCUCUCUUGCAAAUAUGAUUAUAAGUUCUUUUAUAG